GUCCGAGCUGUGACGCAGCACGUUCAUGUACGUAUUCGUUCAUUGGGAAAAAUGUCGGCAUCUCAGACAACGACAAAGGAGCACCUUGAAAAAGAUGAGGCAGAAACACCAACAGAGUCAUUAGCAGGAUCUGCUCAAGGACGAGAAGAUAAUGCAGCCUUUACCGCAUCCGCUGCUGCAAACAAGACAGAGCCUAUGGGUGGUGUGCUGUCAGUGUCAUCUCAGCAGCCUGGGAAAGAAGUUUCCAGAUCUGCAGAGGAUAGAGACCGGUGGUCUCCUGCCUCCUCCCCGCUAAACAAACCAGCUGCAGGGCAUGCAGCCAAGUCCAUUUCAUCAACAUCUUCUUCAUCACUAUCAUCCUCUCCUUCUACAUCUACGUCAUUGUCCCCUGGUCGGGCAAAGAUGAGCGUUUCAGGCCCUGCUAGUAGUAAAUCCAUCUUUCCACCGGCUCCUUCAUCCUCCUCUUCCUCCUCUGCCACAGCUUCUUCAUCUCCCUCUGUCUCUCCUGGCCCACCCAAGAUCCACCGAGCCCGUAAGACCAUGAACAGGCCUCCACCAGGCCAGAUGAGUCACAUUGAGGUUCCUGCUACUUCUGCGACGCCCUCAGGGUCCUCUGCCUUCUUCUCCUCGAACUCUGAAACUGUUGCAAAAAAGAGGAAACUGAGUCAUUUGUCAGACACCACACCUGAGAGGUGUGAAAACAUUCCAGAUAAUGCUCAAACUGUGGAGGGAACAUUAUUUCAUAAAAAUGUGGAGUCUGUUACAGAGUUUUCUUCAGCCAAGAGCAAAAGCUGUAUGGGGAAGUCAGAAAGUGAAGGAGGCAAAAAGAUUCAGGUUUCUAGUCCGUCCGUGCGAGAUUCUGAAAAGUUGGAAAAUGGGGGAGACGUGAGGCACCAAACUAAAGACACAAAGGAUAAAAGUCCUGAAACACAAAGAAUUAUCUCGAGGAGAAAUGAGAGCGAAGAGUCUUCAGAUCAGGACAAAGAGAGAAGCAUAGCAGAUUUGGUGGUGGCGGAAGACGCAGAAAGGCCUGGAGAAUACACAGAGGUUCCUCUGGAUGCUCUGGACAUCGCAGCUGCUGACAGUCUGACUCUUUCCCCUCCUGCUGAGGGGAGUGAUGCAGGUGACACGGAGCGGCUGGAGGAGCUUCCUCUCUGCAGCUGCAGGAUGGAGGCUCCUCGUGUCGACAGCACCAGCCACAGAGACAGCAGACAGUGUAUGGCCACGGAAAGCAUCAAUGGAGAGUUGCGGGCUUGCACCAACUGGACUAUUAAAGGUGAGACCAUGAGACCAUCCAGCCGGGUCCCCCUCAUGGUUCUGUGUGAUGUCCAUCGCUCACAUAUGGUCAAACACCACUGCUGUCCUGGUUGUGGAUACUUCUGCAUAGCAGGCACUUUUCUUGAGUGCUGCCCAGACCAGCGCAUCGCUCACCGUUUCCAUCGGGGUUGUGUGACGGUGCUGAGUGGCGGGCGCAGCAGAGCAAACGGGGGUGGUAUGCUUUUCUGUCCCCAUUGUGGCGAGGAUGCCUCAGAGGCCCAGGAGAUCACUCUCCCCUCCUGCAGUUCAACCUCGGCAACAACUGUUGUCACCAUGUCAGCCUCCUCCACCACCACUCCAUCUCUGCCUCCGUCUGUCCCCACUGCCCCCUCUCUCACGGCCUCCACAGGAGGGAUGAAGGAUGGGAAGAUGCCUGAAAGACCUGUCAGCGCCCGUAUGCGUAGUCAGGGCUUGGUUACGCUGGCAGUGGAGCAGCAGCAGCAGCCUCAGCCUGUGGCCUCGGCAGCGACUAUGACCACUGUUCCCCCAGCAGAGGAGGGGGUGGACAGCGUGGGACCAUCGCUCUGCAUGCCAAAUGGAAAGCCAAUCAGCCCCAGUGCGCUUCCCCCUGGCCCGUCCCGGGCGGCGCUGCAGAAAGCUAUUCUCACACAGGACACUGAGAGGAGGAAGAAACUGAGGUUCCACCCUCGACAGCUUUAUCCCGCUGCCAAACAAGGAGAGGUGCAGAGAGUGCUGCUCAUGCUAAUGGAGGGCAUAGAUCCAACAUACCAGCCUGACUCUCAGAACCGGCGCUCUGCUCUUCACGCUGCAGCUCAGAGAGGUCUGCUGGAGGUCUGCUACAUGUUGGUACAGGCUGGUGCUCAAGUAGAUGCCAAAGACAAGGAUCUGAGGACUCCUCUGUUGGAAGCCAUCAUCAAUAAUCACAUUGAGGUGGCUCGCUACCUGAUACAGAACAGUGCCUGCGUCUAUCAUGUUGAGGAAGAUGGAUAUACUGGACUCCACCAUGCAGCCAAGUUGGGAAACCUGGAAAUUGUUAAUAUGCUUCUGGAGACAGGACAGGUUGAUGUGAAUGCACAGGACAGCGGUGGCUGGACGCCUAUUAUUUGGGCUGCGGAGCACAAACAUGUUGAAGUGAUCAAAUCACUGCUGAACAGAGGGGCCGAUGUCUCCAUCAAUGACAAGGAGCUGAAUGUGUGUCUUCACUGGGCAGCGUAUGCAGGCAGUGUAGACAUAGCAGAGAUGGUGCUGAACGCCGGCUGCUCCCUUGCCUCAGUUAACAUCCAUGGAGACACACCUCUCCACAUCGCUGCCAGAGAAGGUUACUUGGACUGUGUGAUAUUGUUCCUGUCCAGAGGUGCAGAUAUUGAUAUAAUUAACAGGGAAGGAGACACGCCUCUCACCCUGGCGCGAGCCGACACUCCGGUGUGGGUUUCACUCCAGAUCAACAGAAAGCUACGAAAAGGAGUAGCCAACCGUCUGCUUCGAACAGAAAGAAUCAUUUGCAGUGAUAUUGCACAGGGCUACGAGAACGUACCGAUUCCCUGUGUGAAUGCGGUUGAUGACGAGGGCUGUCCUUCAGAUUACAAAUACGUUUCAGAAAACUGUGAAACCUCAGCAAUGAACAUAGAUCGUAAUAUCACACACUUACAGCACUGCAGCUGCACUGAUGACUGCUCAUCCAGUAACUGCCUCUGUGGACAGCUCAGCAUCCGCUGCUGGUAUGAUAAGGACCAACGGCUGCUUCAGGAGUUCAACAAGAUUGAACCUCCCCUCAUUUUUGAAUGCAACAUGGCGUGUUCUUGUUAUCGAACAUGCAAGAAUAGGGUCGUCCAGGCAGGCAUCAAAGUUCGUCUGCAGCUCUACAGGACAGAGAAGAUGGGCUGGGGAGUUCGAGCUCUGCAGGACAUUCCCCAAGGGAGCUUCAUCUGCGAAUACGUUGGGGAGCUUAUCUCUGAUGCUGAAGCAGAUGUUAGAGAAGACGACUCCUACCUGUUUGACCUGGACAACAAGGAUGGGGAAGUGUACUGCAUUGACGCUCGUUACUACGGCAACAUCAGCCGAUUCAUCAACCACCUGUGUGACCCAAACCUCAUCCCAGUGCGGGUGUUCAUGCUGCAUCAGGACCUGCGGUUCCCCCGCAUAGCCUUCUUCAGCUCCAGGGAUAUCCUCAAUGGACAAGAGCUGGGGUUUGACUAUGGAGAUCGGUUUUGGGACAUUAAAAGCAAGUAUUUCACCUGUCAGUGUGGAUCAGAGAAGUGCAAGCACUCGGCUGAGGCCAUCGCCUUGGAACAGAGCAGGUUGGCUCGACUGGAGGCCUGCUCAGAAUCAGGAGCCGACUGUGGGAUGACCAUGUUAGGAAACUCUUAAAACACUUACCAAUUGGAGCCUUUGGAUUAACCCUUUCAGUUUUACAGGCACACACUAGCAAUGAAAAUGUGGGAAUAUCUUAUAUUAGACAUUGGUGCUGUUUAUUUUUCUUACUUGAAAUCUUCUUUUCCCAAAACUGUCACUUUGUCAUUUCCACAAUAGUAGAAGCCAGGACUUAUAGAUUUUAUAAAGGUGAUUUUAGGGUGAACAGGAGGUCAUGUGAUUGUGUGUACAGUCAUUUUACUAUAUCGUACAAAGUCCUGAAGCUUUGACAGACAUCAUUCACCAGGACUCUGCCUUCAUAUCCCAGCCAAGCAUGUAUACAUUUAAUAUAUUCAUACGUUUUCAUUGUUGUGCCAACAUCACAAUUCAUUUUGGCCCAGGACCGUUAAUGGAUCAAACUGAAGCCCUUGCUGGAGUCAUUUAAAACCUGUAUUACUGUAUUGUUUACUGAUUUGUCCUUUUGGGUUUUUUUUUUAUACAUAUUGUGUCUUUUGUCAUUUGUAGUGUAAUAAAAUAACUUGUG